ACAGGGAAAGAAGCAGCAGCAGCUGAAGAAGAAGAAGAAGAAGAGGAGGCGGAUUGUGAACUUCUGGGGUUUGUUUUUUGUUUUUAUUCAGAUUUCUUUUCUCCGUGUUUCUAAUGAAGCGGUAACAGCCGGACAGCUCGUCUACAAGCUGCGUCGAAGGGGCCGCUGUCACGCUGCUGCAGGCCGGAUAUCCAGCGGAGAAGCUACCGAUACCUGGCCGCCAUGUCGCGGGAAGAAGCGGCUCGCUCCGCGGCCUCUCCUGCUCUCUGAGCCCGCGGCUGGAGGCCGCUCCCCCCGCGCUCCGUGCAGCUAACGCCCCGCGGCUCUCACGCAGGCUCCGGGAACUCCUGCCCCAGACAUGGCGGACAGCUUCUCCGAGGACUCCGCCGUGACCGGGCCGGGCGGCGGAGCUCCGCUGCCCCCGGCAGUGUCCUCCUCUCUUCCGGGGGGACAGUCCGCGGCCAGCGGGGCUCACUCCGGCUCCAGCCCGGCCUCCCCUCCGCCCGCCGCGGCCGCGCAGAGUGGCCUCGCCUCGGCGGUCCCCGCCUCCCCGGUGGGCUUCGGGAGCACGUUCACCCCCGGGUCCUCUCCGCCCGCCGUGGCCGUGUCUCCCACCGUGCACGCCUCCUCGGCUCUCCCCGGGGUUGGGCUCGGGGUGGCCGGGGUGGCAGGAGCGGGCCUCCUGUCCCAGAUCCACGCCACUUCCUGGGACCCGACUCUGAGCACGGACUGGGACAACGAGAAGGCGUCCCAGCAGUGUAUCCUGAGGAUAAAGAGAGACAUCAUGUCCAUCUACAAGGAGCCUCCUCCAGGGAUGUUUGUCGUCCCCGACCCUCAGGACAUGACCAAGAUCCACGCUCUGAUCACGGGGCCGUUCGACACGCCGUACGAGGGCGGCUUCUUCCUCUUCCUGUUCCGCUGCCCCCCCGACUACCCCAUCCACCCUCCGCGGGUCAAGCUCAUCACCACGGGGCACAACACCGUGCGCUUCAACCCCAACUUCUACCGCAACGGCAAAGUGUGCCUGAGCAUCCUGGGGACGUGGACCGGCCCGGCCUGGAGUCCGGCUCAGAGCAUCUCCUCAGUCCUCAUCUCCAUCCAGUCGCUGAUGACGGAGAACCCCUACCACAACGAGCCGGGCUUCGAGCAGGAGCGCCACCCGGGGGACAGCAAGAACUACAACGAGUGCAUCCGCCAUGAAACCAUGAGAGUGGCCGUGUGCGACAUGCUGGAGGGGAAGGUUCCCUGUCCCGAGGCUCUGUGGAGCGUGAUGGAGAAGUCCUUCCUGGAGUACUACGACUUCUACGAGGGCGUCUGCAAGGAGAGGCUGCACCUGCAGGGGCAGAACAUGCAGGACCCGUUUGGGGAGAAGCGCGGCCGCUUCGACUACCAGGGCCUGCUGGCCCGGCUGGGCGCCACGCACCGCCGGGUUCGGGAGAAGGCUCUGGCCGAGGACCGGCACAACCAGGACGAGUCGGACUCAGACAGCAGCUCGUCGGGCACCGACCCGGACAGCCAGGGCAGCUCGCACCCCUGACCGCCGCCCGGAGGCGUCUCUGCUGCGCCGCGGCCCUGAGGACUUGGCUCUGGGGCUCGGACGAUGGAACGUGUGACGGGGCGUCCAGACGGCAGCGGAGGAGGGUUGAGCAUGGUCGAGCUGCACGAUGUUUCCAGAAGACAGAAACACAAAACUGAAUUACUUCUUUUUUUCUGCUUUUCCCUGAAGAGCUGCGUUUGCAGAGAACCAAUCAUUUUGAGAAUAAUUGGGUGGAUUUUUGAUGAAUAUUGGAAAAAGGGAAAUGCUUUCAGGGGUUUUUCUGGAUUGGGACUGUGAAAUAUGAAUGAAGCUUUGAUUUUCGGCGUCUCCGGGGAGAAACGGUUCUUCAUGGCGCUUCAGGGGCCGAUUCGCUCUCUCGGCCCGUUUUCAGCGAGCGCCUUUUCAAAAUAAGUUUCCUCAGUUUGCCUUACAUGCGCGGCGGCGGCCGGAGCGGCGUGUCGUGCAGCUCUGUGUGAAGUGGUGAACCGGGAGGCAGGAGGAGGGGAGGUGUGUGUUUAGAAGCUCGUCUAGAUGUGGAAACGUGUUCUUGGUGUCAAACUGUGUGUCUCCUGCGUUUCCUGGUCCCGCCUCUUGAUAUUUUCUCGUGCGUUGGUCAAACCAGCGAGCUGGAGCUGCUAACGGGGGGAGGGAUCCUGGAGCGGCGGGGUCGGCGGGGUCAGUGCCUUGUCGAGGAGCCUCUCCAUCAAACACACCAGCAGAUGUUUGACACGGCGACUCCUGUACAGAGGAGGCGGCGGCGGACCCCCCCUCCCGCCGCUCUCUGUCAUCUCUCCGACCUCCUGCUGUUUGGGGGCGGAGCCUGACGGAGCAGCGCUCUGCUGCUUUAGUAGCUUCCGUGGAACUGGAUUCUUUGGGGUUUUGCUGUUUCACCAGCAGGGGGCGGGCUCGCCCCUCCAGCAGGCCCACUCUCCCAGGUGUACAGCGGCCGGGUGGAGCUCGCUCUCCAUCUGACCAUCCUGUUUUCUUUCUCUUUCAUUUUCUCGGGUGUGCUGCGCUCCGGUCGGAGCUUGGCCUCCGGAUCGUCGGCUGUGUGGCAGAGGAGUAAAAUCUGAAGUGCUUAUUGUAAAUGUCAGAAAUACGAAAUAAACAUCCAGAGUAGUCGUGGUCC